AUUUUUAGAAGCGACUCUAAAUCUCGAAAGUUUUAUUCUCACUUACUAAAUUGUGAGGCCGCCCAAAGUGUAUCAGUUCGCAAUAAACUGGUUGAUAGAAUAAAUAAAAUCACUCUUUUCAAUAAUAUGAUGUUAUUUAAAAUGUUAUUUGACAGCUGUUACCACAAAAAACUGAAAUAAGAUUUGAAGUACAAUUUUAAUGAAGAUGGAUUAUCUGAUAUUGUUAAGACAAUUUUUCAGAAGUAUCCGUUUUUAGAAUGUAACGGCAGACACCUUGUAUCACAACUAUCACAACUUUUAAGAGUUAACUUUUAGUUUUUUCCCUUAGGCCUAUCUUAUGGAUUUUUUUUUCUAUAAUUGUUUUGUAUUUUUGCAAUUUGUAUUUUGAUGUGUCUGUUUGAUUUUGUAAUGUUUUGAAUGCAUUUUAUAUCUCCUUUUCGGAGGUUUUCUGAAAUAAAUUUACAUUGAAAAAUUGAAAUAUAUAUGUAUAUAUAUAUAUUAUAUAUAUAUAUAUACAUAUAUAUAUACAUAUAUAUAUAUAUAUAUAUAUUUGAAUAUCAGAUGUACAUGUUUAUACAUCGUUUGUAAUACUUAUCCUUUAUACACAAUUUUAAGAAUGAAACGCUCUUGUUCUUGUUGAAAAACUCCUUAGUGUAAUAUCAGUUUGUUAUGCUGUGGGUAAUUUGUUUUAAAUGUAAUUUUAUUGUUUCGAUUUUCUAUGUUUAUCCUUACUGGAGGUAUUAUGAAUAAAUUGAAAUAAAUUAAGGUCAUAGGUGAACUGAUAACAUGAAUAAUGCAUGCAUGCAUUGCUUGACACUUCUCGCAAAUCGUGAAAAUGGUGUGGUGUUCGCUGAUUGUAAUAAUUAUAUGAAAGCUACGGCGUUGUUAGGGCAUGGAGGAGUUAGUUUAGAAACUAAACUAAUUUCUCCAUGGUUAGGGUAGGCAAACAUUUCUUGGUAGUCGGUCGAUAGGAAAGUGUAUACAGUCGAUACAGAGAGAACUAACGUAAUUGACUAUUACUAUAAUUACAAUAUCCCUACGCCUAGGCAGUGUUUACGUACAACAUGGUCUUUGAAAGUAUAAAAAGUCAGCGUUGAAUUUCUGUUCGAUUAUUUGAGUGGUGUAAAGUAUAGCAAUAAUUAACUGCUAUACUACUUAUUCUAAAGGAUAAACGUUUAGAAAUGCUCGGACACACAUGUACAAUUCUAUGUAUUGUUUUAAUGUUGACUUGUUGACAAUCAAUUCAAUAUGAAUAAAGGCAUAGAUUAUAUAGCAAGCAGUUAUAUUAUAAACCCUAAUACUGUUUAGGCUCUGUCUACCAAAUUAAAUAUUGAAUAGCUUUAUAUUUAAAACGAUCAAAAUCAGAUGGAAGUAAAAAUAGCUUUCAUUGAUUUACAGACGGUUCUACAAAAAUCCAACCAAUGAAUCAUGAAAAUAGAAUGUGUCUAAUCUAGUACUAAUUUUUACACUGUCUUGACUACCAAGGCUUAUUUAAGAUAUUUUGGCCUAGUGACUCCAUAGCGUUCACCCACGCAUAGAACUCGAUACACCACUGUUUCGCGAGGGGGAGUCUGUAUGCAUAUUCAUGCAUUUCAGUUCUAAUCCUGACCUAAAAUAGCACCCUCUAUAAUUUCUGCCGCAACUGUAUGGGAAAAAAUGCGCCCGGUGCUGCCUCCCGAGAUCUCACUGGCACUAUGCCACUGUGUGAAAGUUGUUAAAUGGAUUCACUAUUUUGGUAUGAACUCCUUUCAAAAUAAUUAUGCAAUCAAAAUAUAUGGCUACUUUCGACCUUUUUCUUAACAUUUUUUUCUCUACGAUAAUGAGGUAGUAUUGUUCUUUAAUUGUUUAGUGUCACAUUGAUCAUUGCUUAACCUCCUGAAAACUCUGGUAUAAUACUUUUCCCCAUCAUUAAAACCUGAGACGUAUUUCUAAAUUCUAGUAGGCUCGGAUUUCAUUUAGUGUAUUGUUGCACUAAUGUUCUUCUCGUAUUUUGACUCACGACUUUUUAAAAUCUCAUAUAGUUCUAUUGUGAGGGCUUAUGUUUCCGAAAUUAGUUUACACAUCAUACAGCCUGUCAUUGAAUAAUCGAUUUAUAUAGGUAUAAUUUCACUCUCAGCGAUCGAGUUCUUAAUUUUAAUAGUAGGCCUAUGGCCUACGUUGGUUUUGUUUACUGAGAUGUGCAUUAGUGCAUGUGCAUCAUUAUAUCAUGCAACCAGGCUAUUAAUAACUUAUUGCAGGCUGAAAUAAUUAUAGCCAACAUCUACAUCACUCAAAAUGUUAAAAAAUCACCAAAACAACGUGAUUCAUUUUACUUACUAAUUAUAUAUAAUUUUCCUCUACCAUACCACACGUGUAUGCAUUUGGGCCAACCAGGAGGUUGUCUUUAUGAAAUAAAAUAUAUCACUUUUAGUAAAGUUCUGUUUCUAUAUUAAUUGUUAAUGAAUGAAAUAAGUAUUGAUGGUCUGAGCAACUAAUUAAAAAAAUGGGGCGUCGGUCGUCCAACGCAUUUCGCAGCUAUAAACGCGUUUGCUAAGGCACAGUUGGUUGUAUUUGGUUUUAUCUAAGAGAGGGCACUUAUCCCACACAGCAUGUGGCUGUGUUUUAUAUACAGUAUUAUGGAACUGCUGACUCUCAGUUUUGCACUGUGACUCUCAGAUUUGCACUACUGACUCUCAGUUUUGCACUACCGACUCUCAGUUUUACACUGCUGACUCUUAGUUUUGCACUGCUGCCGCUUGUAUUUUGUUCUUCUGGCGUUUCAUACAGUAUAGCAUACGGUAUGGCUACGUCAUAUAUAGAGAAAAUAGAACUAUUCUGUUCUAUUUUCUCUGUGGUCAUAUCAGCGUCUGGCUGUGUCGAAUCAGCAAACAGGCUGACACUAUGUGGGCGUUUGGCCUGCAAACAAAGGGGAUCGUCUUAACCUUAUUUUCUUUAGUCAUAAUAUACUGGUCAGUGAAGAGUGGUCUGUUCAAAUCUAUAGGAGCCCACAAUGACUUGCGAGCAUCCAUCAGAUACGGUAGUCUCUCCUUCGUAGGCCACAAGUAUAAUUAAGAAAGUAAAACAACAGAAUAAACUGUAUUAUGGAGUUGGACAAAAACUAUGAAAGUACUACAAUUGUAUAUUUUCCAACUACAGCGGAUGGAAAAACGGAUGUGCAUGACGUACCAUCAGUUCUCUACAUUGUUCUUGGCGCCUUUGCAGCUUUGGAAAAUGCUCUUGUCUUAUUUCUUGUGCUAACAUCGAAAAAAUUACGCAUGGAGAGAAAUGUAUUCUUAUUCAGCUUAUCUCUGGCCGAUUUCGCAGUUGGUAUUCUCUCAUUUUUAAUCUUCUUUAACAUCUUUUACGAGUCGUUUGUCUUCGUUGCAGUAUUAGAUGCAAUGUUUCUUGUGUCAAUGUUCAGCAUAAGUGCCGUGGCAAUCGAACGUUACAUUGUGAUAGUUGCUGCUCCGUUUACCUACAAAAAUGUGAUGACUUUAGAACGGUGCAUUAUCGUCUGUGUGCUUAUCUGGAUUCUCACGAUAUCUGUUUUUAUUGCAGUGUACACAUAUGUAUACAAUAAAUAUUCACAACUCGCAUUCUGUAUUCUCUCAUUAAUCUUACUUAUUGCAAAUUACAUUUUGUACUUCAGAAUUUCAAUUUCGCUCAGAAAAAAUGACCGAAACGUCACGGAAAAGCUUGGAAAUAAUGCAGUUGGAAGAUCGCAGAAGCUGAUUCGAUCAUUCAGUAUUCUACUUGUUGUUAGUACUAUUUGCUGGCUUCCACUUUGCUGUUUCUUUAUAAUAGCAGUAGUUGAUAAAAGUGUUGACGAGAAUGCAUUUGUACUGCACAUACUUUAUUGCUUGUUUAUGAGUAAUUCACUCGUCAAUCCAUUCAUAUAUUGGUAUCGUCUACCAGGAAUUAAAGAAGGAAUUUAUGAUCUUGCGUGUUGCUGGAGGCCUGGCGUUCGGGAAAAGGACCGUGCGCAGAACACUACAUCAAUGACGGUUUCAACGUCAGCAGUUUAACAUGUGGCUUGACAUAGCUCAUAAAGGGGAAGUACAGGGUUAAACUUCCUCGUAAUAUAUAAUUUAUUCUUUUGAAGUAAUGAAAUAGGACUCUGUAAAAUAAGUCAUUUGUAACCUCGCUCUUGGCUUGAUACUAUUGUAACAUCAUGUCCCUACAUUCCAGCAAUUGAUAUAGAAAAGGACAGAUUUGCAGCCGAAAAUAAACAAUCAUACAACUGUAUUAUAGGCCUAUAAUAUUAUUAUAAUGGUAAUCAAUGAAUGCAACAUGAUAGUUUCUGAAUUUACUUCAAUAAUGUGGAUUAAUUCACGAUUCAAGAUUUUUGUAGGUUAAAUUUGACCUACUUUAAAUAUCCUCAACAACGACAGCUCAUCAUAAUUAUAAUACAUAAAAGGUUCGUUUAAAGUAUGAAACUAAUAUUUUAUGUAAAAAAAUAUUGGCCUAUUAUCUGUUGAGAAAUUUACCACAUAUUAUCUCAAAAAUAUGACCAAUGGGCGACGUAGUCGAUAAAGUAAUAAGAAAUACGGCUGACAAUUGUAGAAUAUAUGAAACAUAUUUUAUGAUACUCGCGUUUUGUUGGUUGUCAAGCUGCGUUUCCAUGCUACCUUUAUAGCCAAUCAAACAACUGCGGACACUAAGUUGCAUGUGUUAUGCGUUGGGGCUUCUAGUGCAUUGUAAACAUAAUAAAACAAGGCAAUUCCAGAGCCGUAGAUAGAGAGAGUUUGGCCAACUUGGCACAUGGACGCCAUGUCGUUACGUCGUUACCAAACAGCCCAGGCGCAUGCGCGCGUAUAUAUAGCUUGCUUUUUUUGGUGACAACAUGGCCGGUGUAAGUCAUGUGAUUGCGAUCCGCCCAAUCACACGCUCGUAUAUCAAAGGUUAUAACUUUGACCAACUUUGACAUCGACAUUCUAGGAGCACGUGCGUCCCUGCACGCUGAACGUCACAAAAACCAUAGCAAUCAGACCAUAAACCGUCAGCGUACGUGACGAAUUACCCACGCGCGUGUUAGUUGCUAUGAUAACCGCGCGUCGUGCGGUGAUU